AUGUAUAUCAAUAAGCGUCUCAUUACCAAAUCAGAUUAUUCGUUUAAUUACUACAGGGGUCUGAGAAGAAAAGCCGAAACUGGGAUCAGCUACAAAUUCAUGAAUGGGUCCUGUGGAGGACGGGCAUUUGGCGGUUCAUCUUUUCCACAUCGCAUGCUGGCGUCUUCGGAGUGGAAACAUACGCACCCCAGAGACAGCCGAGGGAUUGUGGAGAGAGGUGAAUCUCCUGCAACGAUAGGGGAGGUGGAGACAUGGGAUGGUGGUGAUGAUGACGGUGGUGGUGAAAGUCGCAAAGGUGUUUUUGUUACUGUUGCCGAGGUCUACGAAAUGGCUGCAGCGAUUGGGAAGGAAUUCGAGGCUAUCAUAGAUCGCCAUGGAGGCGAGACAGUGUGCGGACUCAUGUCAAAAGUCAUCCAUGUUUUAGAAGAAUUGGAAGAACAGGCAGCUCGUCGUGAUAGCCAAUUAGCAGAGAUGACAACACUGCAAGCGGCAGUAGAACGACUGGAGGCGGACAAGGUCGCCCGCACUCAACAGCGCCUCAAGGACGAACAGGAUACUUUGAAAAUCGAGGAAAACUGGCGUGCUGAGACAUCGGAAUUGCAGAAAAUAAUUGAAAAACUUGUUGAAGAAAAUACACAACUCACGGAAAUGCUUGAAUCUUCCAAACACGUCAAACAGUAUCGGUCAACUCUCACUCCCUCAGCAUCCCAACAUAAUGAGGAGGUGAGCCUUCUCCGACGUCUCAAAGAUGUUAUUGAUGCUCAAAAGGUGGAAUUGCGCUCGCAACGACGGAUUCUCGCCCAGAGGACGAUCGACCUCGACGCCAUGAAGCUUCAGGCCGAACGCAUGGCUCACCUGAGUGCCAAGGGAACACGGCUUCGACUGCUUCCUUCCGAUGGAACCUCGACAGAUGCUGAUUUAACUAAUGGGGUGGUGGCUUUUCUUGCUGGUGAGAUUAAAGGACUGGAAACGCGCCUCCGUGCUAAGCGAGUCCUCAUUGAGGAAAUUAGACGGCAUAUUGGCCCCUCAUCCGCCAUCUGUCAAGAGGACAAUACCUUGAUGACAACGUCAAUGCGUCGCGAACUCAGUGCUAUUUCGCCUCAUACUGAGGAUGAGAUCAAGCAGAGUGAUUUUAUGAAGUUGUUGAACACGGAUGACAAAUUGGUUGCCAAAAGUGACACUCCUGGCGGACUGUUGACGGUUGCGUCGUCGCCUUGCUUCACUUGUGAUGAAUUGCGUCAAAUUCUUCUUGAAUGCAUGCAGUUGGAGUCGAAAAUCAUUCAAUUUCGGGAUUAUUUGGAUGUCUAUCGUCGUGCUGGAGAUGAUGAACCACCGGUUCAGGGUCCAAUCAACCGAGAACCUUAUGAAAAAUCGCAUUCAUGGUCACGAUCCUCUACCACUACAAAAUUACUAUUUGCAAAACUUAUGGAACGCAUAAGAAGAGGUACCGAUUGUGUCCGUCUGUCUGUCUGUCUAUCUGUGCGCAUAAUUUGUGUGCGUUUGUGGGUGUACUGUCCCCCUUUGACAAGUGCCACCAUUGUCAUCAUCCCUUCGGUAUUGGCACUGACCUGCGCGGUGUGCUUGUAA